CAUUCCUUCACUUCUUGUACUGCAGAGACUCAUCUUCGCAAUGGCCACCCACGCCGUCGUCCCGAACGAGAAGAACGAGCGCAUCCUGGUGGGCAUCCGCGACGGAGUCACCGGGCAAUUCCAGCUGGUUCCGAAGCAGGAAGCAGUCGUGUCUGUGUUUGACUCGAACUUUCUGAUCGGCGACGGGAUCUGGGAAGGAAUCCGCGCAAAGAAUGGCCGCAUCCAGUUCGCCAAGGCGCAUCUGGACCGACUCUUCCAGUCCGCCAAGGCGAUGAUGAUGGAUCUGGGCGUGAGCAAAGCACAGCUGCUGGCGAUGCUGCACCGGACGAUCGACAGCAACGCGAUGGACGGCGAACCGCACGUCCAUCUGCGGCUGGUGGUGAGCCGCGGGUUGAAGGCGACGCCGUACCAGAACCCCAAGGUCAACCUCGGCAUGCCGCUGAUCGUGAUCAUCCCCGAGAUCAAAGCCGCCGAUCCGGCAGUGUCGCAGCAGGGGCUGAAGCUCGUCACGUCGCACAUCCGCCGCGGGCCGCCCGACGUCAAAGACGAGAUGUGGAAUCACAUCUCCAAGGCGACGGACGUGCAGGCGUGCAUCGGCGCCAACGUCGUGGGCGCCGACGAGGCCCUCAUGCUCGACCUGAACGGCUUCGUCAAGACCUGCAACUCGACCAACUUCUUCAUCGUGCGCGACGGCGAGGUCUGGGCGCCCACAAAGAACAACCAGAUGCAGGGCAUCACCCGCCAGAAGACCAUCGACGUCUGUCGCGCCAACGGCAUCCCCGUCUGCGAGCUGGACUUCUCCCUCACAGAGGUGUAUGGCGCCGAUGAGGCCUUUUGCACAGGCACCUUUCCUUCGCAGAUCCAUGUGCGAGAAGUCGACGGCCGCAUCAUCGGCGAUGGCAAGCGAGGGCCCGUCACCCAACGCAUCCAGACCUUGUAUGCCCAGCUGGUUCGCAGUGAUACGGAGCGGUCGAGGGAGGAGAUUCAACAGGAAGUCCAAGUGAGAGCGAAGCUGUAAUAGACUUGAUGAUAGAAUGAGUACAAUAGAGUAGUUAUUGGACCCUAAUUAGAAUAGUAUUAUCUGAUUAUCA